AGUAUUUAGUUUUUAAUCUGUGUAUAUAACCUAAAAUAAUAACCUAAAACCUGAAACCAUUUUAGUUUUGUUUUAUCUAAUUUAAAUUAAAUGAUAAAUAUUCUUUACCGAUAAUGAAAAUUUUAUGUAAAUAUCUACCUCUUAAAAACUUAGCAUGUAUUCCGAUAAGGUCAAAUAAAUUGCAAAUAAACAAAAUGAGUUCAUGCCAUAAUAGUUCCCAGAGUGAAGCCAAACGAAUAGUAUGGGUCGAUUUAGAAAUGACUGGGCUGCAGGUAGAGACAGAUCAUAUAUUGGAAAUAGCAUGUUUAGUAAGUGAUGCUGAUCUCAAUGUGGUCGCUACGGGUCCUAACAUAGUUAUACAUCAACCGGAUGAAAUAUUAAAUAAUAUGGGUGAAUGGUGUACUGCACAUCAUGGUGAGAGUGGAUUGACAAAGGCUUGCCGAGAAUCUACAAUAAGUGUAUGUGAAGCUGAAAAUCAAAUAUUAAAAUUCCUUAGGUCCCACGUACCAGAAAAGAAAUGUCCCUUAGGAGGUAACAGUGUAUAUAUGGAUAGAUUAUUUUUGAGGAAGUAUAUGCCAAGGUUGAAUGAUUAUUUACAUUAUAGAAUAAUAGAUGUUAGUUCUUUCAAAGAGAUUAUAAAGAGAUGGUUUCCAAAAGAAUAUUCCAAUAUACCUGAAAAGAAAUUUGCACAUAGAUCCAUGGACGAUAUCUUAGAAAGUUUAGCUGAAUUAAAAUAUUACAAGGAUAAUGUUUUUAAAAAUUAAGGAAAUAAGAAAUUUACUUUCUCUGACAUGCAUGCAUGCAUGACAUGUAACAUUAUCAUGAAUAUUUUUCCCAUGUUUUUGAAAAUUUAUUUGCUUAUUAGGCUAUUUUUUAAGAAAUUAUGUAAAUAGUAGCAGUAAGCUGAGGAGUUACCGAACACUAUUGUUUAUUUAUUUGGAUGUUUUAACUGAUUUUGUUAUGUAAUGACAUCAGAAAAAACAUUAAAAUAUAUGUA